AAGUGUGAGACAGAUCGAGACUUUGAGUGGUAGUUAGAACAGUGGAGGAAGAGCUAAGGCUAGAAGCCCAAUAAUUUUGCGAAUCAGAGCUUCAGCCACACAGAAAUGGCGGAGCUUAUUCAGGUGCCUUACGACGUCACUGUCCGCCUUCUAAUGGCUUCACUCGAACGGAAUUUCUUGCCGGACGCCGUCGUAAGAAGGUUCACCCGCUUGCUACUCGCCUCUCGCAUUCGCUCCCAGUUUAAGCCUUCCUCUCAACUCCAACUCUCUGAUUUUCUCCACUUUGUGCACGCUUUAAGGGAAAUGCCAAUUGCUAUUAAGACUGAUAAGCCAAAAGCUCAACAUUACGAGCUUCCUACCUCGUUCUUCAAGUUAGUUUUGGGGAAGAAUCUCAAGUACAGUUCAUGCUAUUUCAAGGACAAGUCAAGUACCUUGGAGGACGCAGAGGAGGCCAUGCUACAAAUGUAUUGUGAAAGAUCACAACUGAAGGAUGGCCACUCUGUUCUUGAUGUUGGAUGUGGCUGGGGGUCACUUUCGUUGUAUAUUGCCCAAAAUUACAAGAAUUGUCAGGUGACUGGAAUUUGCAAUUCAACCACACAGAAAGAUUACAUUGAGGAGCAGUGCCGGGAUCUCCAGCUGAAUAAUGUCAACAUUAUUGUUGCAGACAUCAGCACUUUUGAAAUGGAAGCUGAAUAUGACAGAAUAAUUUCCAUUGAAAUGUUUGAGCAUAUGAAGAACUACAAGGAUCUUCUCAAGAAAAUAUCAGGCUGGAUGAAACAGGAUAGUCUCCUCUUUGUUCAUCAUUUUUGCCAUAAAGUCUUUGCCUAUCACUUUGAGGAUAAAAAUGAAGAUGAUUGGAUUACGAGAUACUUCUUCGAAGGUGGCACGAUGCCUUCUGCAAAUCUACUCCUCUAUUUUCAGGACGACGUGUCGAUUGUCGAUCAUUGGCUUGUGAAUGGCGAGCACUAUUCUCAAACAAGUGAAGAGUGGCUCAAAAGAAUGGACAAGAACAUAGCUUCAAUAAAACCAAUCAUGGCAACUACUUAUGGCAAGGAUUCAGCUGUAAAGUGGACUGUUUAUUGGAGAACAUUCUUCAUUGCAGUAGCCGAGUUAUUUGGGUACAACAAUGGGGAAGAAUGGAUGGUUUGCCAUUUACUGUUCAAGAAGAAAUGAUGCAAAAGCAGCUGCAAAGCUUCAAUAACUAAGCGGCCAUAAGACCAAGGUGCGAGUUUUAUGAACUUGGACUGAUUUUCUUCCUUUGAACUUUAUGAAUUUGGUGAAGCCAUAUGAUCCAUGGUUCUUGUAAUAACAGUUUUUGCCAUUGCGGUGCAAGAGCUGAUUACAAUAUUUGUAUUAGUGCUGAAUCUGGGUCGGAUUAUUGGCACCAUGAGGUGCCCCUACGACCUUCUUUCCAAAACUUUCUAGGUAGUUCGGUGAUGAAUUGUUUGCACUAAAUUUGAUUUCAGUUGAUCUGUAGUCUAUGUAGUC